AUGGUUCCUGUCCGACAAAGCCUUCAACUCCUGGGUUUGGCUGCUGUCGACCGAUUUCGAAAUGUUGGAUAUACUGCUUCUGCCGCUUUAAUGGCCUCGCGAAUACGUGCAGCUGCUAUCUACGUAGUAUUCCAUCAACAAAGCCUCUGGUCUUCAGUAGUACAAUGCAUGACAGUAGCCUCGAAGUGCCUGAGUCAAGGGAAUGAAGGAAUUGGUAUCAGUGUCUACACCAGAAGCUACAUGGUGUUCAACGGCCCAUGCUGGCUUGGUGAUCGCGGCUCUGACUGGCAGGCUAUUCCCAAGUGGUUAAAGGGACCAUGCUCAAGUUGGUCAAGGUGGCAGCUGAACUUCCAGUCACCUGCACGCACGCCGAGGGAGAGGCGCGAUCGUGUGAGCUACGCCUGGGGUUACUCCGUAGCUUGA